GCGCGCAUAGUCGCAAAGCGCCUCCAAACGCCGCGAUUACAAUGCGACUGCGCACACGACUUCGCCGCGGCGCGCCUCAUUGCUGCGGCGCUCGCGGUCAGCGCUUUGAUCCCACAAAUGCUUGCUCCCCCAGCGCCAAAACAAGCCGCAGUCAAAGAAGGCUGGACAAGAAUCGGCGCGCAACCGCAAAAAUCUCACGCCGCCGCGCUCAUGUCCGACACGCCAGCCACGUUUGCACUCCUCCUUGGCCUUUUCGCCUUCUUCGCCGUCAUACGAGUGAAGCGCUGGACGGGCGACACCGUCGGCGCGUCCGCCGAGUCCAUCGAAGGCCGCCAGUACUGGCGGCUCCUCACGUCGAACCUCGCGCACGUCGACGCGACGCAUUUUGUGUUUAAUCUAUCUACGGCAUACUCGUUGGGGGGCGCCUUGGAACGAAGGCACGGCUCCGCGGCGCUUUUAUGGAGCACUGCAGCACUCGUCGUGUUCGUCGGACUCGUGGCCGCCAGCCUGACGCGGCACGCCGGCGGCGCGGUAGGGGCCUGGCACCUGGGCUUCUCGGGAGUGCUGUUCGCGUGGAUCGUCGAUGCUGCGCUAGCUGCACCACAAUUCUGCCCCGUCGCGGACUGGUGCUUCUCGACGGUACGCUGGGGACCUCUCGCAUUUAACGCCGGUCCACUUGUAUACGCCCUCGGCCUCCAGCUCGUCGCGUCGGUGCUGUCUAUCCCCCUCUCGCUGGCAGGCCACGUCGCCGGCGUCGUCUGCGGCGCGCCCUUCGCCGCGGGACUGCUCGACGGCGUCGCGGCGCCGGCCCUCGCGUUGGGAGUGCUUGCCUGCGUCGACUCCGCGCGCCAUUGCCGACGCCCAGGUCCCCGCAUCGCCUUGGUCGUCGCGGCGCUCGCGACUUUUCUACACGUGGAAUCUUACCUCGCCGUCGCCGCGGCCGCGGCAAGCGUUGCGGCGUCACUGUCGCGCGAAUGGUGUGCCCUCGGCCUCGCCUGUGGCGCGGCCUGCGUGGUGCUGACCUGUGCAUAAAUCAACCAGUGAGUUCGAAGGCGCCGAUGUUUUGAUUUAUGCACAGGUGCCGACGCUCGGACCCAUCCAGGCCGGUGCCGGCCUCGUCGCCGCGCUCGCCGCCGACUGCGCCACCGAUCCGAUCUCGUUCCUUCUCGCCGGCGCCGCCGCGGCCCUCACGGCCAUGACCUGGGCCACUCGGCUCGGAUCGCUCGCCGGCGCCGCGUUGCUCGCCGGGGUGUCGUGCUCCGCCACUGCCGCGUGCGUCGCGGCCUGGCUCGCCGAGGACCUCCGCGCCGCCGCGGACGCGUCGACGCCCGGCUGGGCCGCGGUGAAGCGGUUCCUCGGGCCCCCCGACGGAGAAGUCGUGCUCCGCGACGGGCGCAUCGUGAAGCGCGCCGCUGUUGUUGAUGUGUAA